AUGGCUACCACGCGAGCAAAAAGAGCAUGCGAGUUCUGCAACUCUCGUCGCAUUAAAUGCAAUGCGAUGGAGAGCAUGCCAUGUCGCAAUUGCGCUGCAGCCAAUGUCGAGUGUCGGGUGACGCAGUCGCGCCGAGGUAGAUACGCUCGCCGUCCCAAGACACCGAAGACACCGAAGAGCCGCAUAUCUUACACGGCCAACGAUAUCCCCAGUACUGAGCUUCCUAGCGAUCCUCAGGACUCGCAGGACCCUCAGUAUCCCCAAGAUCCCCAAUGUUUUCGAGGUCGUCAGGAACCCCCGAGUGCCCAGGGCCCCCGGGACCUUCAGGAUACCUCUCUGGAUCAACUAGCCAAGCCCUAUCAGGACAACGAGGUCUACCUUGGAGAGUCGACUCUGCUGCGGGUCGUACAUAAUGACCAUCCUCCGGUGGGAUCAUAUCGCAGCACAAAGUCCCACCUUCGCUAUCCAUUGCCCGAAGUAGCCGCUAUACCGGAGUGGGAGCGUCAGAGAAAGAGUCGGAGAUUAGAGGCCCUGACUGCAGAGGGUGUUUUGUCCUCGCCAGAUGCAACAGUGCAGAGUGAACUAUUUGAAGCGUAUUUCAAAUGGUUUCAUGUGUGCUUCCCCAUCGUGAACAAACCGGCUACCUUUCGUCAGAGCCAGGCGGGUGAGCUUUCGCCUAUGUUGUGCAAUGCAAUGAUGUUCAUUGGUGUCAUUCACAGCCACCCGGAUGAGUUACGAAAGAUUGGGUUGGGAAACCGCGAAGAAGCAAGACACUUGUUUUAUAAUCGCGCUAAAGACCUCUAUGAUGUCGACUAUGAGUCCAACUCUCUAGUCCAGCUGCAAACUAUGUUUUUGUUAAGCUUUUGGCGAGGGGGGCCGCUGUUGCAGAAGGAUUGUCGAUACUGGCUUGGAGGCGCAAUCACUCUUGCCCAGAAAAAGGGGAUGCAUCGCUCAUUCGGUAAUUCGGAUUCUAUGCAAGCUAGGCUGAGAAAGCGUAUCUGGUGGUCAGUCUACGUAAGAGAACACCAGUGUGCCGCGGCUCUGGGUUUACCGAACCGGAUUUACGACGACGACUGCGAUGUCGAUUCUCUCACUGUGUCGGACCUUGAUGAUUCAGAGAGCUUAGAUGCUCCCACCCGGCUGUACAACCUGGAGCAUGUCUAUUAUGCUAUUGAAAUGGCUAAGUUGACAAUGUUUUUGGGAAAAAUUGUUCACAAGGAAUACAUGCCAAACGGUGAUCAAAGUCCACUCGGCCGAAGACAACUCAAAUCUGAACUUAACACCUGGCAUCGGCAGCUACCGGAGGUCUUGGGCCGGGGGAAUGAUACUGGUGGGCUUUUUGUAGGAAUGUUGCAUAUGGCAUAUAAUAACAUCCUGAUUCUUCUGUCACGAUGGGCGUUCAUCGCAGGAGAUCACGCCGGGGCGGAAGAAAAUAGCCAAACAGCGUACCUUGCGGCAUGCCGCAUAUCUCGAAUUGCAGAGGAUCUUCUUGCAGAAAACCUUAUUGGGCACGGUCAGAUUCACUUAAUCACAUGUCUUUUCAACGCUUUGUGUAUUCACACGGUGAACCUGCGCCGGGUUGAGGGUACAUCGCGGCUCGUGGCUGAACAUCGUGCUAAGAUGUGUUUAUACGGCCUCCGAGAGCUACAAAAGACUUGGGAAGUAACCAACUGGGUGCUUCAAAUUUUUUUCCAGCAUCUUGACCGCUCCAUGGCACGACGCCUGCAGAUGAUUGAUCAAGAAGAAGAUGAUGAUACUCGGUCUAUGGCGGACAAAGGGCCCAACAUAGGCCCAUCACAUCCGCCUAAUCAUACUCCAUCGGCCCCAAUGACUGGCACAAAUGAGCCAAACGAAACCGGGGCCCAGAUACCAGUUCCUCCCAUGUUGGAGUCAGAAUUUCCUAAUUGGGGCUCCCUGGAAGACGUUGGUGAAUUCUCGUUAGAUGCUCUUUCGAACUUGGAUGGAAUUACUGCUGUUGACCUUGAACUUCUUGCAAGCUGUUUAACUUGA